ACAGUCAACCCCAACCUUCAGUCUUGUCUUUACUUUACUUUGCUCCCACCCUCCACACCACCCAUUCUUCACCAGUACUCUUGCAUACCAUUGUUCCAUCAUAUUACUUGCCCUAUAUUAAUGCCACCUAUCUAUUACUAUUAGCCCCUCCUCAUCUGCAAACAUAUUUUAUUCAUCACAACCUCCCACUUGUUAUACAUGGCCAACGUGGAACACACACUUCAGGAAGUUUCUGCAGAUUCUUCCAUAGCAGAUCAAUCCAAAUCCAGUAGUAUUACUCAAGUAAAUUCCAAGGUUGAAUUUUCUAAAGAUGAGGAAGCUCUUAUUAUCAGGAUGUAUAAACUACUAGGGGAUAGGUGGCCAUUAAUUGCUGGAAGAAUUCCUGGACGAACAGCUGAAGAUAUAAAGAAUUACUGGACUUCAAGAGACUCUUCCACUAGCCAAUCAAAUGUCAAAUAAAUACUAUACUGGUGCAUAUACAUGUUUGUGUGUUUUCACACUUACUGUGCUCUCUGUCAAAAAUGUUGCUUGGUGUGAGUGAGUUUGAAUGUUACUGUGUCAUGCAUUAUUUAGUGUGUGUCUCUUUCAGUCCAAGACGAUAUGAGAUCAAUAUAUAUUCUUGCAAAACAAUAUCAGCUUUACUA